AUGACGACCGUCUACCAGCCAUGGAAGGCCCGAUCUACAGUCUCCGAGCUCGAUGGCGUCUCUGAAUCGGCGACUACAGCCGUUGCGCUUUCGUCCGAUCUGGGCGAGCCGGUGGUGCGGACGCGCAAGUUCUUCUUCCAGCGCAAGGACCGACUCGACCCUGAAGGAAUUGCGACUCAGCCUUCUGUAUACGACAACCCCGAGACGGCCAAAGGGUACCAGCCGCGCGAUGACUGGGAGAAUCUGCAUCGGUUCGACCCAUCGGCGAGGUGGACAUGGGGAGAGGAAACUCGACUCAUCCGCAAGAUUGACCUGCGCAUCAUGGUGUUUGUCUGCGUGAUGUUUAUGGCGCUGGAACUGGACAGAGCGAAUCUCAGUCAAGCAUUGACCGACAACUUCCUCGACGAGCUGGGGAUGGACACAAAUGAUUAUAACCUGGGAAACACUGUGUUCAAGCUCUCUUUUCUCUGUGCAGAGCUUCCUUCUCAGCUUGUCAGCAAGUGGAUGGGCCCUGAUCGAUGGAUUCCAAUGCAAAUCACCCUAUGGUCUGGUGUUGCCAUGGCGCAGUAUGCCCUAAACGGACGGACCUCGUUCCUGGCCUGUCGAGCGCUGCUGGCAAUCCUGCAGGGGGGCUUUAUUCCAGAUAUCAUUCUAUAUCUAUCGUACUUCUACAAACACCACGAGAUGACAAUCCGACUGGGUUACUUCUGGACCGCCAUGAGCACGGCUGAUAUCGGCGCCAGCUUCCUCGCCUUCGGCCUUCUCCAUCUCCGAGGAGUGCAAGGACAGUCGGGCUGGCGGUGGCUUUUCCUGCUGGAGGGUCUUCUCACGCUGUUGAUUGGUCUCUCUGCCUUCAUUCUCAUGCCACCUGGCCCAUGCCAGACAGCCAGCUGGGCCCGCGGGAAGAAAGGCUGGUUUUCCGAGCGUGAGGAGACCAUCAUGGUUAACCGCAUCAUCCGGGAUGACCCCAGCAAAGGAAGCAUGCACAACCGCGAACCCAUCACCCCCAAGCUGCUCUGGAAGAGCCUGUGCGACUACGAUCUGUGGCCAAUCUACAUCAUCGGCCUGACCUUCCAGACCCCAAUGACGACUCCGCAACAAUAUCUGACGCUCACCCUGCGCGGGCUGGGGUUCGGCACAUUCACAACGAACUUGCUCAUCAUUCCCAAAGAGAUUUUGCACAUAACAACCAUGCUGCUCCUGGCGUACACUGCUGAAGCGACAGGCGAGCUGACUAUGGUUGCCAUGGUCGGCCAGCUCUGGGCCCUGCCAUUCCUGGUGUAUUUAUAUGUCGUCGACAUCAAUUCUGCGAACAAGUGGGUGGUCUGGGCUGUGAUGACGUUGUUGCUAGGAUAUCCAAACGCCCACCCAAUCCAAGUCGGCUGGAACUCACGCAAUUCAAACACGGUGCGCUCACGCACAGUCUCGGCAGCUGUAUAUAACAUGUGCGUGCAGUCAUCGGGCAUCAUCGCCUCCAAUAUCUACCACGAGGACGAUAGCCCCCGGUACCGCCGCGGGAACCGGGCCCUUGUGGCCUUGGUGACGACGAACAUUGCCAUCUAUUUCCUCACAAAGGCGUACUAUUUAUGGAAGAACAAGCGGCGCGAGGGGAAGUGGAAUGCGCUGAAUGAGGACCAGCGCAUGGAGUAUCUGAGCACCACUACGGAUGAGGGUAACAAACGCUUGGAUUUCCGGCUGGCUCAUUAG